UCAGUCACAAGUCUGAAGGUUUACAAGCAGCAAUGUCUGGUUUUGUGGUUUACGACUACAUUGUGUUUUGUCUAACAAUCCUUGUGUCUUUAGCUAUUGGAGUUUACCAUGCAUACGCUGGUCAGAAAACGACCUCUGACUUUCUGGUCGGCGGCCGUCAGAUGAAGGUACUUCCGGUGGCUGUUUCUUUGAUGGUUUCCUUUGAAUCUUCCAUCAUGAUGCUAGGAUUUCCAGCGGAAACCUAUGUUUACGGGAUGAUGUUUUGGUUAUCAACCAUUGGUUUUCUUGUUUCAUGCCUUCUCGCUACACGCAUGGUUGUCCCCCUUGUCCAUCCGCUGAAGAUUACGAGCGUAAAUGAGUACUACGAAUUACGAUAUAACAGCCGUUACGUCAGACUGUUGAACUUAGCAAUCGGUUGUAUAAACUACAUUCUCUACAUGGGGAUUGUUUUGUUCGGUCCAGGAAUCGCAUUAGAGUCAGUCACCAACUUUCCUAUGUGGACGUCUGUAUUAGUGGUAGCUGUCGCCGCGGUAAUUUACACGUCAAUAGGAGGAAUCAAAGCCGUGAUAUGGACUGAUGUAUUCCAGAGUGUUGUGAUGUUUAUGGGUAUUUUUGCAAUUUUAAUCAAGGGUACCAUGGUUGCUGGGGGCAUAUCAAAAGUUGUAGAAAUCAAUAAAGAUUCAGGAAGACUGGACAUGUUUGACUUUGACCCGGACCCUACUAUACGCCACACGUUCUGGAGUUUGGUGGUCGGUGGCUGUAUUCGAAUGGUUGGUCUGAAUAUCGGUCAAACUACGAUACAGAGAAUUGUAUCUACCCCUACUCAGCGAGACGCCAUCAGGGUGCUGUAUUUAGCCGGGCCUGCUUUCUUUAUUACCCUGACGUUGGCUACUCUGGAGGGAGCGGUGGCCUAUGGCUAUUUUACUACUCUAGGAUGUGACCCGCUUAAGUCUAAACAAAUAUCCAACCCAAACCAGAUUGUUCCGUUCAUGGUUCUACAGAUUUUUAAGGACCUUCCUGGAAUGUCCGGCCUUUUUAUUGCGUCUCUGUUUUGUGCAUCACUAAGCACUCUUUCGUCAGGACUCAGCAGUUUGUCUGCACUAGCCAUCGAAGAUGUGGUGAAACCAAACUUCAAGUCAUUGUCAGAAAGAACGAUCACAUUGAUAGCGAAGAUCUCCGUCGUGUUUAUCGGAGCUUUAUGUGUUGCUGUGUCCUUUCUGAUAGCGAAGAUCAAAGGUCCUAUGUCACAGAUUUCAUCUAGUGUUUUAGCUGCUUUUGGUGGACCCGCUUCUGGUCUAUUUCUGUUCUCGGUAUUCUGUCCAUGGGGAAACGCAAAGGGGGCCAUUAUCGGGACAUUGUUGACAGCUGUGGUGGGUAUGUGGAUAUCGACAGGGCAAAACUUUUCAACAACCCUUAAACGAGCACCGGGACUUCCUCCAGGACCCAUAGAUAGAUGUAUUGAUGUGCUCCCAAACAAACUAUCCAAUAUGACAGAGCAGACAACGCCCUGGACAGACUACUACCACAGUACUGUAGAAUCAUCCACGGAGUACGAAACAAAAUCUUUGCUUAAACCAAAAGGCUUGGAUCGAUUUUAUUCUCUCUCCUACCAGUGGCUGACUGGCUUUCUCAUUAUUGUUUCACUGAUCCUAUGUUCUGCAGCAAGCAUCAUCUCUGGUCGUCCUGAUCCAGCUUCAGUUGACGUGCGAUACAUGCUGCCCUUCUUUGAUCAAUUUUUCCCUUUUUUACCAAAAAAUAUACGAAAGAGGCUUUAUGGCGGGGUUCCGUUCGAAAAGAGAGAAGAAAUGUUAGAGAAAAUGAAUGUAUGGAAUUAUGAAAAAACUUAUAACGACAAUCACCUAGAUAAACAUCAAGCUGACGAAAUAAAUGAAGAAGUGGAUGACAAAACAACCGAGUUAUAUCCAUUGACUGGUUCAGCAGAAGAGUCUUCAAAGAGUCCGAGUGUGAAUGUUGAAAUGUCAAGUUCUGUUUUAGAGAAUGGGACGAUACUAAGUAAUUUCAGUCACAAGUCUGAAGGUUUACAAGCAGCAAUGUCUGGUUUUGUGGUUUACGACUACAUUGUGUUUUGUCUAACAAUUCUUGUGUCUCUAGCUAUUGGAGUUUACUAUGCAUGCGCUGGUCAGAAAACGACCUCUGACUUUCUGGUCGGCGGCCGUCAGAUGAAGGUACUUCCAGUUGCAGUAUCGUUGAUGGUUUCCUUCGAAUCUUCUAUUAUGAUGCUAGGAUUUCCAGCGGAAACCUAUGUUUACGGGAUGAUGUUUUGGUUAUCAAACAUUGGGUUUCUUGUUUCAUGCCUUCUUGCUACACGCAUGGUUGUUCCCCUCGUUCAUCCAUUGAAGAUCACGAGCAUUAAUGAGUAUUAUGAGUUGCGAUACAAAAGCCGCUACGUAAGAUUGCUGAACUUAACCAUCGGUUGUAUAAAUUACAUUUUCUACAUGGGAAUUGUUCUGUUCGGCCCAGGCAUUGCAUUGGAAUCAGUCACCAACUUUCCAAUGUGGACAUCAACACUUGUAGUAGCUGUGGCUGCAGUGAUUUACACGUCUAUAGGAGGAAUAAAAGCAGUCAUAUGGACAGAUGUGUUUCAAAGUGUUGUUAUGUUUAUGGGUAUUUUUGCAAUUCUAAUAAAGGGUACAAUGGUUGCCGGGGGCGUGUCAAAAGUUGUUGAAAUUAAUCAAAAUACUGGAAGAUUGGACAUGUUUGACUUUAAUCCGGACCCUACUGUACGGCACACGUUUUGGAGUUUGGUGGUAGGUGGCUGUCUUCGGAUGGUUGGACUUAAUAUAGGGCAAACUACGAUACAGAGAAUAGUCUCUACCCCGACCCAAAAAGACGCUAACAGGGUGUUGUAUUUAGCCGGGCCUGCUUUCUUUAUUACCCUGACGUUGGCUACCCUUGAGGGAGCGGUUGCAUAUGGUUAUUUUACCUCUCUUGGAUGUGACCCACUAAAAGCUAAACAAAUAUCCAACCCAAACCAGAUUGUUCCGUUCAUGGUUCUACAGAUCUUUGAGGAGCUCCCGGGAAUGUCCGGACUCUUUAUUGCGUCCCUUUUCAGUGCAUCGCUCAGUACCCUUUCAUCUGGACUAAGCAGUUUGUCUGCAUUAGCAAUCGAAGAUGUGGUCAAGCCAAAUUUCAAGUCAUUGUCAGAAAGAACUAUAACAUUGAUAGCAAAAAUAUCUGUUGUGUUUAUUGGAGCCUUGUGUGUCGCCGUGUCCUUUUUGAUAGCAAAAAUCAAAGGACCUAUGUCCCAGAUCACAUUUAGUGUCCUUGCUGCCUUCGGAGGACCCGCGUCUGGCCUUUUCCUUUUCUCAGUAUUUUGUCCUUGGGGUAACGCAAAGGGCGCCAUAAUAGGGACAUUGUUAACAGCAGUAGUUGGACUGUGGAUAACGACCGGGCAAAACUUCUCGACCACUCUUAAACGAGCACCGGGACUUCCCCCAGGUCCCAUAGAAAAAUGCGUUGAUGUAUCCCAAUACGAAAUGACAAAUACAACAAUGCAGACAACGCCCUGGACAGACUAUUACUACAGUACUGCAGAAUCCACCACAGAAUACGAAACAAAACGUGUGAAGAAACCGGAGGGUUUGGAUCGGUUUUAUUCUCUUUCUUAUCAAUGGCUGACUGGUUUUCUCAUCGUUGUGUCACUGACACUAUGUUCUGCAGCGAGCAUCAUUUCUGGUCGUCCUGAUCCAGCUUCAGUUGACGUGCGAUACAUGCUGCCCUUCUUUGAUCAGUUUUUCCCUUUUUUACCGAAAAAGUUACGGAAAAGGCUCUAUUGUGGAGUACCCUUCGAAAAGAGAGAAGAAAUGUUAGAUAAUAUGAAUGUGUGGAGUUUUGAAAAAUCGUAUAAAGACAAAACAUAUGAUACAAAAAAUGUUGAUGAAAGAAAACAACAAGAAGAUAAAGCAACAGAGUUGUCUCUCUUGACUGGUUCAACAGACGAGAUCUCAAACAAUCAGAAUGUGUAUGUUGAAAUCUCAAGCUCUGCUCUAGAAAAUGGGGGGAAAUAAGAUUUGUAAUUGCCAUCCAACAUCUUUUAAAUAAACAUGUCUGAGAAUUAG